UUUCCGCCGCAGUUCCCAGAAUAAUAAAAUUUCAAAUCCUUUGUAUAGAUUAAAAACUAUUUGUGUGGGAGAUUAAUUGAAACAAAGAAGAGAUUUCGAGUUCGGAUACACAUUCACUAAAGGGACAUAUUUAUUUGGAUACAUAUCCAUAUUUAUACAUGAAGUUCCAAAGCUUGCAAAUUUUCUUCAUCGAAGAGACAUUGGUUGGUUCGUGGAAGAGAAAUCGAAGAUGAAGAAGUACGGAUUACAAAUCAGAGCUCCUACCCAGAAAAAGCAAUCAUCAUCUCGACCACCACUACGACCCGCUGCUUCGAUAUUUGGUGAAGAUGAAGAUCACGAUGUCGAGAAGGAGAUUUCUCGACAAGCUUCAAAGACUAAAGCUCUUAAAGAAAUUGAGGAGCAGCAUAAGAAAGCUUUAGAGGAGGAUCCUUCUGCUUUUGCAUAUGAUGAAGUUUAUGAUGACAUGAAACAAAAGGCUGUUCUUCCUCGAAUACAAGAUCGUCAAGAGCGUCAGCCAAGGUAUAUCCAGAAUUUGAUGAAACAGGCAGAACGUAGAAACAAAGAACAUGAAAUAGUUUAUGAGCGAAAGCUUGCGAAGGAGAGGGAAAAAGAUGAACAUCUUUUUUCAGAUAAAGAAAAGUUUGUAACCGGUGCUUAUAAAAGGAAACUCGAGGAACAGAAGAAAUGGCUGGCAGAAGAAAGGUUGCGUGAACUUCGAGAGGAAAGAGAUGAUGUUACAAAGAAGAAGGACUUGAGUGAUUUCUACUUCAACAUUGGAAAAAAUGUGGCAUUUGGAGCUCGAGAUAUCGAAGCUAAAGAGGCAGAGAUGCUCGAGGAACAAAGAAACGCAGAGAAGCUUGAGGAACAAAGAGAGGCAGAAAAGCUCGGAGAGCGGAGAAAAGAAGAAACAAGCAAAGAGAGAAAAAGGAAAUCACCAGAGAAGGAAGAGACUCCUGAAUCUGGAGAUAUUAGAUCAAGUCGAACGAAAAGUAUUGAACCACAAGAAGCAGAGCAAGCAGUUUCUGAAAAGAAGAUGGGUUCAGGUGAUACAGAAGAGAGACACUCAUCAAUCGAAGAGGCACCAAAAGAAGUGCAGAAAGCUAGUAACGACCCCAAGAAAAGAGAGGAUGCGGUUGCUGCUGCGAAACAACGGUUCUUAGCCCGUAAGAAGGCAAAGCUUGAAGAAUAAUUGUGCUGUUGCAACUUGGAAGAUUUCAAUCCAACGUUACUCUUUGGUGAACUCGUCUCUCUUGCUGAUAUCCACCACCUCUGUUUUAUUAAUGUAACUUUUCAAGAUAACGCUUC